CUAUAAUUAAUAGCAUACAUUCAUGUUGAAAGUACUUGGUAUUUAUAUUUAAUGGAUAUUGAUAAAAUAAAUAAAUACAUUCGAACUUUGCAUGUAAUACAUCAGAUCUCAAGGAUCAUGUAAUAGCAUGUAACCGUUGGUUUUUUUAAUAACAAACAAAUGUCAAAGCUAUUAAAAAAUAUAAACCACUUUAAUAGAAUCAGUUUAUGUCUUGAAAAGUAAUAUCACAGUAUAACAAAAAUGGAUCCCUUGAAUAAAGAAGUGAAAGAGAUAGAACAAAAAAAAAAUUGGGAACCGUUAAAACAAUGUGCAAAAAGAUUCUAUGAAAUCCCAUUUUUUGUUAAGAAUCAUCGACAUAGGGCUGAUACAUUUAUAUGGAUAAUAGCGUGUAUUGUGAGUUGGUAUAGUUUUGGAACAAGCACCAUGACAACUAUUAAUGAUUUUCGUACAAGAAAAACUGCAAUUAUGAUGGAUACAAACUACUUGGAUUGGAAAAUAGAUUUUCCUGCAUUACACCUUUGUUUUAGUUUCACUCUUAAAGCUAAAGACUAUGCUAUCGGGAUCACUCGUACCUCUCCUCAAAAAACGGGAACAUUGUCUCGACUCAGUCAUUGGGUUAAAUUAGGCUACGACAAUAGUAUGAAGUAUCCUAUGAGUUCACAAGAAUUUAUUAAUUUAAGAGAAAGUUUAAUUCCUGAAUGUUCGGAUAUUUUUGGUGUGUGCAAAUGGAACGACGAACCUAUAGAUUGUUGCAAAAUUUUUUUUCCUCUUCAUUCCAACCUUGGAGGGUGUCUAUCAUUCAAUAGCAUACAUGCGGGAAAACCAACAGAUCCGAAUCUGCAAGAAUUUUUUAUGAGUCAUCAUCAACCAUCUGCGAAAUUUACUUUAUUUUUGAAUAAAACAAGUUUUUGGCUUUCGUCUCGAAGCUUCUUAGCAGCUUUACUUACGGAUCCUCUAGAAUAUCCAACACAAACUACUGGUCAUAAUAAUUACUUAUCAGCUCAAUGGAAUCAUCCAAAAUCUAAAAUUUGGGAUAUAACUCAACUACCAACAUAUAACAAUGGAGAAGCUAUUUCUGCAAUGAUAAACCAACGUAAAUGCAGAUUGACUAAUGAAACAGAAGGUUUAUUUUUUUCUAAAUAUUAUAGUUAUCCUGGGUGUAUAAUGGAGGCGCAAAUGGCCAAAUUUUAUGAACGUUGUGGUUGCGUUGGUCAUGUCUUUCCAGCUUCUAACAAAUAUAGAACCUGUAAUCAAACUGAAUUGAGUUAUUGCUCAAAUGGAUUGAUGGAUGAAUUAGUUGAUAUUGAUGAUAACAUUUGUUUACCGAGUUGUGAAGAAACAAAAAUUAAGCUUUUUGAAAACAAUAUUAAAACCGAUAUUCCAGAAUGGGCUAGUUCUCAAUUAGAAUUUAAUAUGUUACCUGGACCAACAAUUCGAUACUAUCGAUACACCUUGGUUUCUUUAUUGGAUGUCAUUAUUAAAGUAGCAAGUACAUUGGGUUUCUUCAUUGGUGCCAGUGUCUUCACCUUUGUGAAAAUACUAUGUUGGUUACUUUUCAGAAAUAGUCAUGAAAAAUAUUACUGAAUUAUCAGUACUUUGGCUGUCUUUAAUAUUUUCACAUUUAUUAUAAAUGUUCCACGAGAGCACCUUCUUAUUAAUU